AUGUCCAAAAAACUUAGUCAGGUUCACUUUUCUUCCACCGUUAAACUCGAUGUUGGUGGUCAGCACUUUACCACAACAGUGCAAACUCUAACAAAGGAUCCCAACUCGAUGCUGGCUGCUAUGUUUUCCGGCAAGUUUGAGAUGAAGCCAUCUGAAGACGGUUCGUUCUUUAUCGAUCGAGAUGGAACUCACUUCCGCUUCAUCUUGAACUUUCUCCGCACAGGAAAACUAACUUUGCCUGAAGGAGCUACAUUUACCAAGGAACUGGAGGAAGAAGCUGAAUUUUACCAGAUUCAAGGACUCGUCGACGCAUUAAAACCUGCUAAUUCAGCAGUUGAAGCACGUACUCUUGGCGAGCCAUUCGCAGAGUCGAUAAUUUUGACGAAUGUAGAGGAACAGAGAGUUUUGAGGAGCUGGUUGCCUGAGGCCAUGGCAGGCGGAUGGCGUUUGCUAUUCCGAGCAUCACGAGAUAGCUAUGCCGCUUCAGUAUUUCAUUCAAAGUGCGACAACAAAGGGCAUACAGUCACUGUUGUGAAGAGCGGAGGAAACAUAUUCGGAGGCUUUACCGAAGAGCCGUGGACAAAUCAAUCAGGUAUGUUCUUCAUUAGAUUUGAUGUACCUAUAGCUAGGCACCAAUUACGAGUAGGUUUUACAAAGGAUUUCUGUAUACAGUCAAAUCUAGCCUUGCGGACACAACAGGCGCUAUAACGAACCCUACGAUAAUACUGACUGUAGCUAACUCCCAGGCAAUAAUAAAUUACUGACAUUUAACUGACUUCCGCUAUUACGGACUCUCGCAAAAGACUAACAAUAACUUGAGGUCUCUACAGUGUCCUCUAUAAGGGGAGUGGACUCUACUCUUAAAUGAUGAUAUUAUUAUUCAUUGGCCUAAGACUUGAUUCAAAACGUCCAGCGACACAGUCCGGCUUGUGGUACGAAAAAGUCCUUAUCACUACAGCAUGUACUACUAGUAGGCUCCAGAAGAUAGUAGGGAUGUCACGAAGAAAGCCAAGGCGUAAGUACGACACACAGUUUCCAUGAUUUCUCUGCAUAUUGAAAUUAUAUAUUCUUGGGGAAACAGACUAGGCUAUCGGCUAUUCAGUAGUAAAAUCCAACUGGUGGUCUAUUAUUAAUUAAUGCUGCGUUCUGAUUGAUUGAGCUACUACUAGGCUAUAUGUCAGUAUAGCCUACUAGUAGCGCAAAGCGCUGGCUUUUUGGCGGCAAAAGAGGAUUAAAGUCUAGCUUUAACUAGGUAACGUUGUUUUGUCUCGACAUUUUUGACCAACUAGUUGGAUUUUACUAAAACAAUUAUUCUUCUCGCCCUCAUGGCCUCUGAGUCAAUAGCCCAUUCGGCCUUCGGCCUCAUGGGCUAUUGACUCAGAGCCCAUUCGGGCUCGAGGAAUAAUUGUUAAUCAUCACAAGGGUGAAAAUAAAACAACCGGGUUUUCUGUUGUUUUUCUUUCAGGUAAGGAUCUGACUAAAGGGAAUCUUGUACUUGAAUUUAAAGACUGGUGUACCAAACUUUAGGUUCAUGCAUGCAUCUCAGUAGUCAACAGUAAGAACAGAUUUGUCUAGCGCAGGAGACGGAUUUUGUCCACAAAGUAAAACUCACCGUGCAUGUAAAGAGGACAGAAGCUUUCUCCCGUUCAGACUGAAUAUAACCCUUAGCUGUCCCUUUUGUCUGUUAUAGGCUCGAUUAGCAGCCGCUGUUUUGAAAAUGAGCCCCCACUCAUCCUUUCGAAAGAGCUCUUUUCGGGAAGCAUUGAAGACUGAACUCGAGAGACGGCGGAAAUCAAGCCUAGAUUACCCUGGGUACCAGAGGUUGUUUUCGCGCUUGCAGCGGGUGCGGCGAGUGCGGUCAGAUGCGUCGGAGUAGGCUGCGGAAAUGAAACCCGGGGUCUCUGGCGCCCAAGGUAGUUGAGGAUCAUACUGCAGCACACAUCCCCAGACCAUCUAAUGAGUGAGUCUAGGAAAUACUAACCUCAGUUUUAUCUGAUCAUUGUAAAUUGCAGGGUUUGUGACAUGCAGCCACGCCUUCUUGUUUAGCUUGGUGA